UGCUCACUUGCGUUCACAGAGCUAUCUGUAGAUCAGGAAGACAAAAAGUUGCUCCUGAGCCUUGGUGUCACUCAACAGGAUUCCUUAAGGUCAGGUGCCAAUGGUAAAAUGGAGUUUGUGUCAGCUUGGAUCUUGUCUGCUUGGACUCUACCAUUUCUGUGUUUCUUUUGGGGCACGCAUGCCCAGCAGGCCUUCAGGACUGAGCCCAGGAACCUCACUGUGCGAAUGGGAGCCACAGCUGUGCUGAAGUGUGAGGUCCUCAGGGCCUCGGGGAUUGUGCAGUGGGCGAAAGACGGCUUUCUUUUGGGACCUCAGAGAAGCCUGCCAGGCUUCCCACGCUACAGCAUGAUUGGAAGGAGAGGACAGUAUAAUCUCAGGAUUGAAGACGCACAACUUGAUGACGACGCCUUCUUUGAAUGCCAAGCCGGCCAAUCUGAGAGAAGUGAUGCUAUUGUCUCCAAUCCAGCCUUUCUCACCGUGCAAAUUCCCCCAUCGAAGCCGUAUUUUACCAUGGAUGUGACAACAACCUGGGUGGCGGGAAAGAAGUACAAGGUUGAGUGCGUGGCCCCUGACGCAAAGCCUGGAGCUGAUAUCACUCUGUAUAAAGAUGGAGUCGAUCUGACAGGUGCGACGUCUUUCACCACAUCUGGCUCAAAGGAUAAGCUUCUGAACACGCACGCCGAAGUAACGGUCACUGCUCUGAGAUCUGACAAUGGGAGAGAGUUGACAUGUCACGCCAACAAUGAAGCCGUUUUCCAGCCAGUGGUGACCACAGUGACCAUGAAUGUGUAUUAUCCUCCUGAGCCUCCGUAUAUUAUUGGUUUGGACAGAGACGUGGUUAAAGCAGGGAGUUUGCUCGUGUUGGAGUGUGUAUCCCAUGGUGGAAACCCUCUGGGCACUCUCCAAUGGACUAAGGAAGGCGAAGUUCUCUCAACAACCUGGGGAGAGGAAGUCGUGGGCCAGAAGUCCAGAAAUAUCCUCAGACUAAAGAUCACCCCUGCUGACAACCAGGCAGAGCUGAGCUGUGAAAGUGCCAAUAUUGUCUCCGUGUCUCCUCUGUCCGUCACCCGCAAAAUAACAGUGUUAUUCGGUCCUGCGACGCUGACGCAGUCGGGUUCGCUGGGGGCCAUCGAAGGGCAGGAGUUGACUCUGAGCUGCCACGCGUCCUCGAGUAAUCCCCCCGUCCACAUUCGCUGGUGGCUGGGGCACAAGGAGCUCAGCAACACCUCUGUCACAAUGGAAGAGGGAGAGAACGGAGGGAUGACAACCACCUCCAAUGUGACCCACCGGGUCUCUCGGGAGGAGAAUGGACUGGAGCUUACCUGUGAGGCUUUUAAUAACGGCACACAUCGCUCCAAAAUCCAGGCCGCUAAGCUCACUGUGUACUAUCCUCCUCAAAAAGUUUUCAUUGAUUCGCCGCCUGAGGACAUCCCUCUGCGCUCGGGCACCAGAGCCCUGCUUGUCUGCCACUCGGCUGGAGGGAAUCCUCCCGCAAAGCUCACCUGGUUUAAGGAUGAUAAACAGGUUUCAGAUGCACAACCGCAGACGUCGUCUAAGAUGGUUGUAACUCGGGUGCUCAACCUGCUCUUGACGGCGAGCGACAACCAGGCUGCCUACCGCUGUGACGCCACAAAUGAGGCAAAGAGAACAAUAUCAGCACAUGCUAAGCUACUGGUCCAGUUUACAGCCGUGACUAUGAAGAUUACAGCCAAAGAAGAAGUGUUUUACCGAGGUCAGCAGAUGGAACUGGAGUGUCUUUCUGGGAGCAGCAACCCAAAAUCUGACAUUUCCUGGAAAGUGGGCCCACUGAGAUUGCAGGGAGUUGAGGAGGCACCCGAGGAGGCUGAGUUUGGGGGCGUUUCUGUGCUCAGUAGGCUUCACCUGAAUCUGACUUCACAGCACCACAACCAGAAGGUGAUCUGUCAUGCCUACAGCCCUGUGUUGGAAGAAGGAGCUAACACGUUUUACCAACUGAAUGUGAUAUAUCCUCCUGAAUUCAGCUCUGAGCAAGCAACAGAAGUCCAGGUGGUGGAGGAUGAUGUGGCAACCAUCCCCCUCAUGGUCUCAGCAAACCCCGAGGUGGUCUCCUGCAUUUGGCUGCGCCGCAAGCAGAUGCUGGUCAAAGGGGAAGACAUACGCCACCACUGGUUGGAUGACCACUCUCUGGAGAUUAGGAAUGUGACAAGAAAAGACAAAGGACUUUACACUAUCAAAUGUGAAAAUGGUGAAGGCGUCAACGAAACCACUGUUAAGCUGGAUGUUUACUAUGCUCCAACUGUCAAGGCGGAGAAAGACCCUGUGUAUGUUAACCAGGGGGGAACAGCAGACCUGAUAUGUGUGGCAGAUGCCAACCCCAUUAUACCGGAGAUGUUCUCUUGGAAAUGGCUGGGAGAAGAAGAAGUGGAGAUGGGAGAGGAGACCAACGAAAACAAAUCAAGCUUGCUGACCAUUCAUAAUGUGACUCGGGCUCACGCUGGUUUUUACCAGUGUACGGCCAGCAAUGGCAUAGCGUUCCCUGGCAGUGUGGAAAUGAAGCUGGUGGUGCAAUUCACUCCGGAGCUUCGGAAAGGACCCCAGUGGAGUAAGGUUGCCAGUCGAGGGGACGGCACUGCCACUGCUGAGCUGGUGUGUCAGGCAGAGGGCAUUCCUCCUGUAGAGUUUACGUGGGAAAAGAAAGGGAUGCUCAUUGAUUUGGCAAAUCCCAGGUAUGAGGAGAGGACAGCGAGGGAUGGCUCUUUCCACACCAGCACUCUGCGAGUGGUGAAUGUGAGCGCCACUCUGGACUACGCCGUCUUCAGCUGCACUGCUCGCAACUCACUUGGGGAAGACAAGCUAGACAUCCAGCUCGUCAGCACAAAUCACCCAGAUCCACCUUCAUCGUUUAGUCUAGUCGGUGUUACCCAUAACUCCGUCACUCUAGAGUGGAUCCCUGGCUUCAAUGGGGGUUUGCAGCAGAGAUAUCGCAUACGAUACAUCUGGGACCAGUCUGUCAGCUUCAUGUAUGUAGACGUCGUUCCCCCUGAUACAACAACCUUCACCGUUACGGGUCUGCAGCCGCAGACCACCUACAACUUCUCAGUUAACGCCCUGAACUCCAUAGGAGAGAGUGGCUAUGCUGAUGAUGGUGCAGUACUGACCAUCACCACUGAGGUGAAGAAAGAUGUAGAAGAGGAUCGAACGGAUGAUGACACACAGGCUCCGAGUGGCCUGCCAACCUAUUUGACUGUGGCCUUCACAGUGGUGUUUGGAGUCCUGCUGGUGUUGAAUUCGCUGGGCUGCUUCUUUGGGCGGAAGUGGAAAAACAGGCGUGACAAAACAAGUACCCAGGCAGAAAGGGACAGUGUGGUGAAUGGACAGAAGAGUGAAGAGGAUGUGUCAAGUCAAUCAACUGGCAACUCCAAUAAGUACGAGAGCAGAGAAAAAAUCAACACUGGAGCCCAACGUACCCUCCUCGUUGACACUGGAUCUGAAACAGAGACCAACGUCUAUGAGAGCUACACAGCGUUUCAGGAAGACUCCCAUUAUUAUUAUCCUACUGGUGACUAUAAACCGUACCAUGGUCCACAUCCUGAGGACAGACAUGGCCUCGGUGCCGUUCCUGUGAACUUUGAAAGCCAUCUGUAUGAAGAUUUGGGUGACAGACGAGUGUACCCGGACACACUGGCUUCCUCUCUUCCUGCCUACCGUCCACUUUUCUCUGAUCGCAGACUGAUCCAGCAAGCAGAGGACUGGAGGUCACCAACCGACCCUCAGGGUGUCAAGAGAGAAGGGCAGUUCACGGAAAAUCAACAACCGGAGCGGGAUUAUGAUCUACCCUUUGAAUUGCGAGGAGAAUUAGUCUAGAUUGAGACAAUGAUUCCAAUCAAAUAACUUGACUCAGUAGUAGGUACUGAGUAAAUUGGUGUAAAGAAGUAUAUACUCCUGCCGUUUUUUGUUUGUUUGAUUUUUUUCUAGAACUUGGUUUAAAUUACAUUGAAGAUUAAGAGCAAAAAUAAAUGUAAGUUUUUCAACUUUAAAGUUUUGUUUUUACUUUUUAUCCUUAAAAUAAUAAGUUGAUCUAAUUCACUGACAUAAAUUGCAAACUGUUUGCUGAAUAGAAGGCAAGAAGAAAGCUACAGUAAAGAUUUGAAAAUUUCUGUCACCUCAUUGCAGUCAGGAGUAUCAACAGGAUAAAUAUUGUUUUUCUCUCAAUAAAUAUCCUUAUGUUGCACUGUUAGGUUAGUUUUUGACUUCUGCUCCUCUUUUCAUGCCCCCUUCCACCUUCUGCCUCUUUUUCAAAGCCGCCGAGUCAUCGUCAUUACCCACAAUCCCUCCCCGCCCCUCACAUCCUACACGGGCCUGCAGGUAGGCAUGAAUCAGUCUGUUAGAGAUAGAAAUGAACUGACAUGUGUGCGGUUGGCACUGGAGCAGAAGCAACAGAGGCUCACGGUGCCACCCAAGCAGACAUCAUCCUUUUGACCCAUCUGACAUUAACAUUUUCCAGUGUGUAUCCAGAUGAGAACCUGAUGACAGGGGCCCCCCUCCCUCCCCCCACCGACUACAAAGACUUUUCAGAUCUGACAGCUGGUCUUACGGAGUCCCUACAAUGGGAUCAUACUGAGCGGUAUUUAGCACAGUUUCAUCUGAAGACGAGAGAAGCCAUAUCUGUGGCCAGACUUUAUAAUCCUGUUUUCUCUCGGACCGGAAUUCAGCUUAAAGCGUUGGUGAAGCGGAGAAGCCAUGCUGGGAAUUUGCGGUCAGAGAGAAAGAGGGAGACUGAGACGAGGAAAGGGUUAAGCUGAGCUUCAUAUGUGGCUACUGCAACAAACAGAUAUUCUCUGCUUUAUAGAAAAGCAGUUCUUCUUGUGGCUCUUUGUCAAAUAUCAAAUGGUAUUUACAAAAAAAAAAAAAAUUGUGUAAUAAUCUUCUCGUAUGAAAUAUAAACAAUGUAAAAAUUCAAGUCAAAAAUCAAAUAAUUUUAGUAUAAAAUUGUAUUUUACACUAAGUCCCUUUUGCAGACCUGCAGAAUCAUACAUUAAGAAAAUCUGUGCAUAUUUGAAUAAAAACCCUUUUGGCAUAUUCGUUCAAACUACUAUUGUACCCUGGCGAUAGUUUAUCCAAUGCUGCUCAGACAUUUGCAAUAAUUUGUUGUACCUGCAGUUCCAUGCAAAAAAUAUUAUAUAUUUUUCAUAUUUUGUUAUGACGCAACCACAAAUUAGUGGGGUUUUUUUUUUUCUUUUUUUACUGGAAUUUGAUCUAAUAAAGCAAUAAAAUGUAGCCUAUUAUUGCGAAGUGGAAGAAAGCUUCAGAAUGGUUUUGAAAAGGGUAUACAAAUUAAGAGAGGCAGUGGAGGAGCUGCAAUAACACGUCACCUACUUUAAUAUUUUAAAUCUCUGCUAAACGUCUGCAUUAUCCUCAACGCAAGUUGAAAACAUCAAUACUCACAUUUAUACAACUUUUAUUAUGUUUUUUAUUGAGUGGUUAUAAAUUGAAUAUGUAGCACAUGCAUGCUUACUUCCUUUAUCAGUGGCUACAACUUAGCAGUUUAGACGCAACAUGAAGCUGUUAAGCUGCAGAUCAUUGGCUGAAUACUCUGACUUACUUACUUGCCUUUAGCAGAUCAGAAUCAGCAUCACCUUUACUGGCUCAGAUUGUGAGCACAAACAUGAAGUUUCAAGCUCUUACCUGUCUUCACUUCAUGUCCGCCUUUAUUCUAUCAAGUAUUCAUCGCAGCAGUGUUGCUGUACGCAGCGCGCUGCAUAUAUUUUUCCCUUUGACUGAAAAGCCCUGCAGGUCUCCAACAAAAAUCAAUGCAUUCCUUCAAUGAAAAUAUUUACCUACAGGAUGCAAGAUGCAAUUUAAGUCUGUAAAAAUCCACAAAUUUCCUUGGUGGGGUUUGAACGCCUGGAGAUGCAUCUCAAUAUUUCUCACUGAGCCCUCUUUCCCAGGCUUGCUAUUCUCCAUUAUGAGCCGUCAAGGUGCGUUUGUCUCAUUACUGAACAAUUGUUUAAGUUCCUGUCUAACAGAGCUCUGUUUUCAUACCAAAGCCUGUUCAUAAUGCUUCAUUUCAGCUCAGCCAUGAACAGUAAUCUGCUAGACUGAAAGCUUGACAGCUCAAUACUGCAUGUCACCUUCCAUUUUUCCUUACUCGCCUCGUGAACAUUUUGAUGUGUUGCUUCCAGGAGAAUCUCAAGGGAGCUCAGAGAAUCUCGGAGAGGGGGAAAUUAAAUCAAAAGAGAAAUAAUUAACAUAAUUUAAUUACCUAAUGUCUAAAGUUAUUUUUUGUCCCAUGUGAUUGUGUAUGAAUAAAUAAUCUCUCUCCGAAAAGUAUCUAUGUAACUUUAGUGGCUAGUGCAACCUGUUAAUGAUAUAAUAAAGUCAUGCUAAAUAGAUGUA